AUGGAACCACAGAAUCCGUUAACGGAGAAGUUCACCGAGGCUGAGUGGAAGGCUUUGAAGGAAUUUCGCUCUACUCUUCCUGAAACCUUCAAGGAGGCCUUUCCAGAGCAGGAUGAUGCUGGGUCCACCUCAUACAACUUGUGGGGUGUCACCAUCAACCCACUGAAACCCAAGGAUGCCCGCGUCAGCGUCGUACUAAUGAAGUUCCUUCGUGCUAGGAAUCUCAAUCCUGCGGAGGCUAAGGACAUGCUCAUCUCGACUUUGCGAUGGCGCAAGUCUUUCAAGGUCGAUGAGGCUAUGAAGGAAAAGUUUCCCGAAGAUGUGUUUGGACAGCUUGGAAGAACAUAUGGGAAGGACAAUGACGGACAUCCCAUUUCGUACAAUCUAUACGGUGCCAGUAAGGAUCUGGAUGCCGUCUUCAGUGACACGCAGCGCUUUCUAAGAUGGCGUGUUGCUUUUAUGGAAGAAAGCAUAGCCCUACUUGACUUUGAGACUAUUGACCAAAUGGUCCAGAUCCACGACUACGAAGGUGUAACCAUGUCGAGUAGAACACAGGCCUCCAAAAAUGCAGCAUCCGAAGCAUCCAGUAUAUUCCAAGGCCACUAUCCUGAGUUCCUGGUUCGUUCUCCUGCAAAAAAGUUCUUUGUCAACGUGCCUAGCUUUCUUACUUGGAUUUUCUGGAUAUUUAAGCCGUUCUUAUCAGCUGCAACAGCGGCGAAGAUGAGUGUUGUUGGUUCUGGUCCCAAGGUUAUCGGAACCGCUCUUCUACCUCUGAUCCCUGCCGACCAGUUGCCGAAGAGGUACGGUGGGGACGCUGACGGAUUCUAA